AUGAAUCGAUUAAUCCACGUGCAAUUAUACUGUCCCAAAUGAUUAGCAAUCAAUGCAUCGUAAUGACUUAGUGAAUUAAAUUUCCUAUUAGUUUUUGUCAACAGUGUGAUAAUGUAAAUGUCGACGAGCAGUUUUGUCAAUUGUCUAAAAUUUGUGUCAAUUUUAUCCAUAUUUAUUCAAUUCAACCUAAAAUCAUUCGAUCAAUUUCUACAUUAUUUUAAUUAAUCACAUUUUAAUUUACGCCAAACGUUUCAAUGAACACUUCACGCUCGACUGAACAGUUUUGAACCAGAAAAUGCCGUACCCACACCAAGGGGGCCAUAAUAAUACCGCAGCGCAGAGUGGGGACCGUCCGCUUGGUCGAAUGGCACAAAUGGGGGGUCGAGCCAUCACGAGGAAUCGUACUGGUACCAUUUCAACCCGUGAAAGAGGAACGUACGUUCGAGGACUGCACAUAAAUAUUUUAACGUUACCGGCACUUGUCCUUAAGUUCUACUACCUACGAGUUGUUCACCGCUGUGCUUCAUGUAUAAUGGGAAUGUUUAAGUGGCUCAAAAAAGAUAUUGUGCUACGGGACCGAAAUCGGCGGAACUUACCACCGGAGAACAAUGAUCUCAAUAAUGAGGCAUAUCGCAAUGCUCUGCAAGCAUUUAUAGAUCGUCGACGAAAUCCUAAUGAACCGGGAGGUAUAACUUUGGAUAGCCCAGAAAAGACAAGACUUGACAUUUUCAUAAAGAAUACAAAUAACACAAACAACGACAAAAAAGAUGACAAUAUUACUAUUCCUGGGGUUCCGCAUAUCCCAGCACCAGAAGUCUUCGAAAUCGGAUGGGUGGCAGGUACUGAAGAUCGUUACCUGGAGCUAAUAUUCGCCGAAUGGCAAAAUACCAGAGUUUCCCUCAAAAGACAUACUCAUCCUGAAUGUCAAAAUGCUAUUAAAGCGGAUUUGAAAGUCCUUACAGAAAUACGUCAUCCAAAUAUUCUACUGCUGAUGGCCACAACCCAAACCGAUGAUCACGGUCUCGUCACUAUCUUCGAACCUGUAGAUUGUACUCUGUACAAUUAUAUCCACGAACAAGGCGAACGCAUUUCCGUACAAAGUGUAGCAAAAUGCAGCGGAAAACUUGCGGAUGCAUUGAGGCACGCUCAUAUGCGAGGAUACAUUCACGGCGCCCUGAGUUCCCAUUGUGUUUAUUUGGCUUCUGGCGGAAAUGUCAAACUCGGUGGAUGGGAGUUAUCUGUUACCGAGGAUAACUCGAGACCUGACCGCGAAUAUGAAAGUCGCCUAAGAGCUGAGAUCUUCAGAUGGCAGGCGCCUGAACUAUUUCGUGGACAUGCACCGUCCAAACAAAGCGAUGUUUACGGACUAGCAUUAUUAAUCUGGGAAAUGUGUACUAUGCGUAUGCCAUGGAACGGUUUCAGCGAACCGGACGUCAAGCGGCAGUUUGUACAUUGGGACCGUGGAGUAAUGACAGAUUUUUAUAAAUUUCCGCCAUUACUUAAUAAUCUAUUAGAAGCGGGUCUCCAAGUGGAUGUUACCAAGAGAACCCUUGACAUGAAUCGAAUGCGAAGAUUUUUGCAGAGGCUAGAGUUGCAAUAUGAGGCUGAAGAUGCUAUGUACAUCGACCAUUGCACGAACAAUAACAACAGCAACAAUCAACGAUUAAAAGGACAAAAUGGGCCCGUUUCGGGGUCGAGUACCACGAAUGUAUCAUCGAGUGCCAAAUACACUGAAGCUGACACGCCUAAGACUUCAAGGAUCAGAAAGCAGCGCAACCCCGAGAAAAUCAUGAGUAAUCGGCUUAGAGACCCGGCGUCAAACAAAAAAUUACAUCUAGGCCGAGUAAAUCUAUUUCUUGACGUAAGAAAUGUUCGUGGUACUGAACAAGGUCAUAAGAUCACUAAUAUGUUCGCGGAAGCGCAGAAAAACAAUAACGAGGUGAACACUCCAAAAGGGAAUCUGAAUGUUGUCAGUGACCUGCAGAGAAAUAAUGAUAGCGACGAUGUUCGAGGAUGGAGUUUCACUGAGACAAUUGAAGCCGAUGGCAAGAAUGUCAAUGAAACGUAUAGUAUUGUCGGCUGUGACAGUAGCUCUUCUGUGGCUUCGACUUUUACAGGCGCAAUCAACUCUGCUGAGGAGGAUGCGCAAUCCGCUUUGAAAAAAUUAAAGGAAUCUUUGGCUAGCAAGAGAGAAAAUUUCUUUUAUGGAAACAAUGCGUCGCAGAUAUCAAUUCCUGAGACUAUCAGCCCUACAAUGAGAAUUAAGAUCCUAGAGGAGGCAAAAAAUAAGGAUUGCGAACCACACAAACCUGCCAGUCAUAAGACAAGCUUUGAACUUAAAAUGAACAAAUCGCCAACCACGAUCGAAUCAAUUUUAACCAAACCAGCCAGUCAUAAAAAUCAAAAAUCACCUUACUCGUCCAUCCCGAGAGUCAUCAAGGAAUCUAUCUUCCAACCUCAGACACUGAAUACCGAUUCUCAAAGUUUCUUUGAAUCAUCUUUAUGGCGGAAAGAAAAAUUAAUCUGUUUAUCCAAGAUGAGUCCAAGUCCACCUCAUGACAAUGGCAGUCGAUUCUUGUUCUUCACACAGAAUCCCACUGGCAUGGAUAACAAUAAAACAAAUAAACAAUUAGAAUGCCCUAAGAACACCGAGAGAUACACGAUCAACAGCACAACAACUGGACAAACAGCUAAUGAAACUCAAAUCCUUAAUGGUAAUUCUACAUUGGCAUAUGAUGAUCUUAUGAACAAAGUUUCUUUAGAAUAUUCGAACUCUAAAGAUGAAUCAAUACGAACCUUGAAGAAUGCUCUGAAUCGAGCAACGAAUAUUGUCUCUUCAGAAACCUCGAACCCUGAAGAUACUAGUUCAUUUUCACCCACAAAGACCUUAAACGGUUCAGAAAUUACUUUGGAAGAUAUUAAAGCGCGCGAAGCCAUGUUCGAAGAUAUGUACAGAUUGACAUUUGAUAAUACAAGUAGCGAUAUUAGAAGUAUCGAAAGAGAAACCGAAGAUAAUAGAAUCUUCAUGUCUAUCACAAAACCAUCGUCUCUUGAAGACUAUUCAAGUGGAUCUUCCAAGGAUGAGGAUGGCAAUCAGAAUUUCUUAUCAGACAAGGAGACGGCACAAUGCGGAUCUUAUGAACAUUCGAAUACUAACUUUGUAUGUGAAUCAAUUGCUGAGACUUCUUUAGAGGACGACAGCUCAGCCCGCAAUGAGGAACGACCUAAUGCUUACUCUGGAGAAUCCGAUAAUACUGUAACAAUAAGAAGAACUUCACUUCCGCAAAUGGUUAAUAGUAGAGAUGAUAGAACUGAAUCGAGUACAAACGAACCGUCCGUACACGAGUCAAAUUACACCUUUUUGUUUAUUACUGACAAAACGCGUGAAAAUGCAUGUCAGUCUUGUAACAAUAAAAAUGCUCUGACACGUAGACGAUCCCUGCCAGCUGGCUUAGGACAUCUCAAAACAAUGAACAGUAACAAUUCUCUGGGAAAGCUUCCCAUCCGUAAGGUGGAUGUACCUCAUAAUCCUUCGGAUGAUAUAUACUUUGAUGAUGAUUUUGGUGAUAAAUUGAGUGUCAACAUGGUGCUUAUGGAUGACGAAGUACGACGUGAUGAUGAUUUCCUACCCGAGAUACUAAAUUUAUCAAACCCAUGUGUGUAUACGUAAUUAUAUUUCACGUGAAUAAUUGACAAAAUUUUAUUUAUAUUAAAUAACGAUACUAUAAUUUCUAGUAUCGAGGCAACUUAAAUUCGCUAUCGAGACAGUUAAAAAAAUUCUUUUUAUAAACUAAUCAGGCAUUCGAAAGCCUACAAUAUAAAUGUUUAAAAAAGCGUGAUUUCUUUAUUGAGUGACUUAUACGCAAUAUCUUGUUGUCUUUUUUAAUUUUGUAUCAUUUAUAUAAUUAAUUCUAAAGUAGAGAGUAGUACUAUCUAAAGUGAACGUGUCAUCAAAAUUAACUUAACGUGAAGGGUGCUCUUUUUAUGGUUCCUUAUUAAUAUAACAAUGCUCUCCGCGAAAAUAAAUGUGAUAAUCCAAUACUCUAUUAUAGUCCACCACAACGCGAUAAAAAAUAUAUGAUAAAAAAUUAUCAUCAAAGCAAGUUUUAUUUUCAAAGGACCGGACAAUUUAGUAAAUCAAGGUAUCUUUUGUUCCUAAGAUGCCAAAGAGCAACGUGACCAAAAAAAAACAUUCUGCAAUUACAGCCGUAAACAGUAUUUACGUUAUGUCUAUAUGAAUAAAAAUAAAUACGUUAUUAAUGUUAGAUUUAGAAUAUGUUACUAGAAUCAUUGUAUUAAUGUCUCUAUCAAAAAUAAAUGAAUUUCAUGUUGGACAUUAA